AUGGCGGAAAUUGUACGGAGGCAUGGACAUCGUAUGUCGAUGAAUAGACGCGAUGAAGUUGGAAAAGAAAAAUGGGCGAAGCAUUACUCUUCGAAUCACCAGAUACUGUUAGUUGGAGAAGGAGAUUUCUCCUUUUCUCUGAGUCUGGCGAUGUCAUUUGGCUCUGCUUCAAACAUUGUCGCCACUUCUCUCGACUCUUAUGAUAUUCUUAUCAAGAAAUACAAUAGAGCAAAAUCAAACGUGGGAAUCCUGCGUUAUUUUGGAGCUCAACUAUUACAUGGAGUUGAUUCAAUCAACAUGAAACUUCAUACCGAUCUUCGAAUCCGAAAGUUUGACCGAAUUGUAUAUAAUUUCCCACAUGCCGGUUUUCUAGGGAAAGAAAGUGAUCACUUGGUCAUCAUGAUGCACAAAAAUUUGGUUCGUGGUUUCUUCAUGAAUGCAAUCGACAUGUUGCUGCCAAACGGUGAAGUUCAUGUAACUCACAAGACUGCUCACCCGUUUGACUCAUGGAAUAUCGAAGAACUGGCAACUCAAAGUGGUUUAACAUUGAUUGAAUGCAUGGAUUUCAAGAUUGAAGAUUAUCCUGGUUAUAACAACAAAAGAGGAGAUGGUAAGGAUUCCGACCUUCCAUUUCCUUUAGGGAAGUGUAGUACUUUCAAAUUCAUAUUAUCUUCACAAGCCAUGGAAUAUUUAACCACUUCACACCAUAGAAGAAACCCUCAACAACCUCAAGAAAUUCCAUUACAAAGAGGAAAUGCAAAUGCAAGGAUGGAUUCAUCAAUUAUGAUGAAGAGCAAGGAAUGCUUUUGGAUUUUCAGGGAGUAUUUCAAUCAUGUGCGACUGACAUCUGGGAAAGUUGAUGACUUUCUUACAUAUUCUGUUAAGGACAUGCUAAGAAUCGGGUUUGAAAGAUACAAUGCAGAAAAUCAUGGAAAACCCUUGGAUGGUUAUGUAGAUCUUUUAAAAGAGCUUCAUAGUUUAAGUAAACAGAGGGUCACAUUCUUGCAAAAGUGGUUGAUGGAAAUGGAUCGCUAUCGCUUGUAA